ACAAAGCAUCGCGAUUAUCGGUAGUACGGACUGAAUUAUAGUGUUCUAUUUUAGGGUCGAUUCGAGCACACUUGUAUUUCCCAAUCAUCUUCUUUCUUUCUGCAGAAAUGAGAGGAGCCAUUCCACAAAAGUUUGGUGUCGAAUUGCACUUCAUCAGUGACUACAACCACAGCAAGCACUUCGAAGGGCGAACAGACGAUCAUGUCAUGUACGUGACGCUGUUCAUGCAUUCGGUCAGCCUUCGAAUGGACCAGCUUACUCCACCUGUUCCCAUCGGUAUAACAAAAAUUCAAACGACGUCAACGGAUAACGAAGAUUAUGUAGAGCUGUGGGACAAUGGGGACCUGAUCGGCAACGAAACGCUGAAAAAGCUGAACGAAGUAGUGCGGAACGACACGAACUACCAGAAAUCAGACGUGGUCUACAUGGCAACAGGCCGAGAAAUGAUUUCUCUGAUUCCUGGAGGCAAGAGCUCAUACAUAUUAGGAACGGCGGGUGACGCUCUAGCUUGUGCCGAUAAAAGGGCGGCAGUCGGAGAGGACAAGCCUGGAAAGUUUUCAGGAGUGAACACUGCUGCCCAUGAAAUUGGACAUCUGUUAGGUUCUCCCGACGACAGCCCAGGCGAAUGGGGUGAUUGUAAAACGGAAGACGGAUACCUGAUGAGCAAAUAUGCGAACGGAAAACGUGCCUUUACUUUUUCAAAUUGCAGCAAGAAUGCCAUCGCUGGGUUCUUGACGUUAAAUAAAUCUGACUGUUUAAAGAAAAGAAUCAACUGUCAAAUUGUAUCCUUUCCUAACAAGGCAUUAAAGCUGCCAGGCCAUGUGAUGAGCGGAGACGCCUAUUGCAAGUUGUUCUACUCAGGAUUUGCUGCUGCUUAUUUUCUAGAGCUUUUUGCGUUCCUCCAGAAGUGCAUGAUUCCUUGCCUGGUUGAGGAGAAGAGAACCAAGAAGCUGAGAUUUUUGACGACUAUAGCACCAGAUGGCACACGUUGCGACUACAAUAAUCGACACAAGGUUUGCAAAAAUACCGUCUGCGUGUGAGCGCCCAAUCGCUUUCACUUGGAGAACGACUGUUUGUACCUAAAUUAUUUUUGUGGACCUCGCACGCCAGGAUACAUUAUCUUAUUGACCAAUCAACACGUAGAAAUAUACUUCGUUCGUGAUGCGCCUUCCAAAUAUUGAAUAAAUGUUUGUUUCUG